AUGGCUCCUCACGCUAUCGAACCAAUUUCCGCAAACGCAAGUGCGUCUGCCAGUAUCAGUGGUAAUGAAAGCAUCUUAUCAACUUCCAUUAUCAACUCCAACCCGUUUGAAAUUACUGUCGAUCCAAGUUUGUUGAAGGGAACAGCAUACACGUCACCAUCAACCAUUAUCAGUCAAACUGUCUACUCCAUUUCGAGCAAAAUUUUCAGUUACGAGACUCCAGGGGCUGACAACUUGUUAGACUCUUAUUUGCAGCUUUGGUCCCAGCAGUAUCAAAGACACAAUUCUUUUGGGGUUGUCCCAUUUUUUCACAAGUUGCAAGUGAGAUCUGGAGCCUCCAAUGCUAUUUUAGGAUACUUCGGUAAGAACGGUACUAAUGGGCAACCAUUAUCGACUUUGGCAGGUGCUAAUGCUUUGACCUAUAUGCACCCUACAUUGGCCGGGAAAUCUGCCAAUUUGCCGUUAUCACUCAACGUCAGUGCCGUUGACUACGACAGUGCUACCGAUUCUUUAGUAUCUAACUACAUUGCUCCUUUAAGUGUUGCGCGUUCUUUGAACUACCCUGUUGUUACACCUGUUAAUUCUAAUGAUGGUUUAGAAUUGCAACAUUUGACUUUAUUGAACCACUACUUGGCUGCACUUACCGGUAACCCAUCCUUGAACUUGUUCGAUGGUCCUGAAUUUUCCAAGACCUUUACCAAAUAUAACAACUUAUUAUCUGUUGAAGAAUUAGGUCGUUUGUACCAAGAUUUGUUGGCUAGUUCCGAUGCUGCCCCAGCUAGCGUUGAAGACGCAGUUGAAUUAGCUUUCAAUAACUUAAACAGGUUAGCAGGUACUAGUUAUUCUCAUUUUGAUUAUAUCGGAAGUAAGAACCCUGAAACUGUCUUUGUCAUCUAUGGUUCCCAUGAAUCCACCCAAUUAUCCCAUGCUAUUAGUAAACUUUCCUCUGAUGUUGGUUUACUUAAAGUUCGUGUUCCAUUACCUUUCAGUUCUGCCAAGUUCGUUCAACUGAUUCCUUCGUCUACCCGUAAGUUAGUUGUAUUAGGUCAAGGUAGCACUGAAUGCUCAAGAUCCUCUUCUUUGAAGGGUGAUAUUACCGCUGCUUUGUUCUUAAGUGGCCACUAUCACAAUUUGAGCGUUGAUGAAUUUGUUUAUCCAUUAAACUUUGUCUGGACUCCAAUCACUAUCACUAAGAUUUUGAGUGAAUUUUUACCAUCAUUGAAUGUUGACCAAAUUCUUGCUGUACCUGAUAGAAUUAUUUCUUCUUCUCCAAUCACCGCCAACACUUCUCCAGAAGGUGGCUAUUUGUUAUGGGGUAAGGAUAAUGGCACCUUUAUUGAUGUUUCCAAUAAGUUAGCCUUAACGUUAUCUUUGGAUGACUCCAAGGUUGUCAGCAUUAGAAACAAAUUUGACAAUAUCAACGGUGGUGGUUUAUUUCAAUCCCAAAUUGUCUCGACAUCAAAAGGUUUACCUGUUGAUUCUGUUGAUUCUGCUAAUGUGGUCUUGAUUGAAGAUAUCUCUAUCUUAUCAAGCUACGAUAUCUUAGCAACUGCAAAGCCAGGUGCAACUAUCUUACUUGUCAAUCAUAAACCAAUAAAGAACUCGGUUGAAGAAGAUAUUAUUCCUAAGUUGCCAGUUGAAUUCAGACGUACUUUGGCUAAGAACCAUAAUCAAUUGGUUUUGGUUGAUAACACAAUUUUAGACGAUUUAGAUGCCCUGAAUGAUUCUACUAAGGGAUUCUCAGGUGACUUCUUGGUUCAAUUAGCCUUCUGGAGAGCAUCAUUGCCUGAAUUGGAUGGCUUUAUUGUUAACAAAUUGUUACAAGCCAACGGUAAUGGUUUCGAAUUAUUGGCAUCUGUUUUAGAUAAGUUUAUCAACACUGUUGACGAAAAGAAUGGUUUGAAAGAAAUUAAGGUUUUACCUGAAUGGAUUGACUUAGAAGACGACCCUGUCGAAAAGAAAGAAGAAGAAGAAGAAGUAGAAGAAGCUGGUCCAUUGCCAUUCUUCCCAACUGAAUCUUCAUUCUUCCCUAACCCACGUACUGAUUCUACUGGUGUCGAAGAAACUGUCCAUGCUGGAUACAAGGACUUAGCAACUAAAUUGACUUUCCCAGAAGCCUAUGAUGUUAAGCAAGAAUUAAGACCAGAUUUACCUGUCAAAAAUUUUGUUGUUAAAGUCCAAGAAUCAAAAAGACUUACACCAUCAGAGUAUUCGAGAAAUAUUUUCCAUAUUGAGUUUGAUACCACUGGUACUGGCUUAACUUAUGAAAUCGGUGAAGCCUUAGGUAUCCACGGACGUAACCCAACUAAGGCAGUUGACGAAUUCUUGAAGUUCUACAAUGUUGACCCUGAAUCGUUAGUGGAAAUUUCUAAUAAGGAAGAUCAAUCAAUCUUCGAAAUUAGAUCUGCUAGACAGGCAUUAAGUGAAGGCGUUGAUUUCUUAGGUAAGCCACCAAAGAGAUUCUACGAAGCUUUAGCUGAGUUUACUACCAACCCUAAGGAGAAGGAACACUUAGAAAACUUGUCUAGUGGCGCAGGUGCUGAAGAAUUGAAGAAGAGACAAGAUGUUGAUUUCUCUACUUACGUUGACAUUUUGGAAGAAUUCCCAUCUGCAAGACCUUCAUUCUCUGACUUGGUAAAGAUCAUAGCUCCUUUGAAAAGAAGAGAAUACUCUAUUGCUUCUUCUCAAAAAAUUCAUCCAAAUGCUGUGCAUUUAUUGAUUGUUGUUGUUGAUUGGGUUGAUCCAAAGGGUCGUACCAGAUUUGGACACUGUUCCAAAUAUUUAUCAGACUUGAACAUUGGCGAUGAAUUGGUUGUAAGUGUCAAGCCUUCCGUUAUGAAAUUACCACCAUUAUCGACUCAACCAAUCGUUAUGUCUGGUUUGGGUACUGGUUUAGCUCCAUUCAAGGCCUUCAUCGAAGAAAAGAUCUGGCAACAACAACAAGGAAUGGAAAUUGGUGACAUCUACUUAUACAUGGGUUCUAGACACAAGAAGGAAGAAUAUCUUUACGGUGAACUCUGGGAAGCAUAUAUGUCUGCCGGUGUAUUAACCCACAUUGGGGCUGCUUUCUCGAGAGAUCAACCACAAAAGAUCUAUAUCCAAGAUAAGAUCAGAGAAAAUAUUGAAGAAUUGACUGACGCAAUUGUCACCAAAAACGGUUCGUUCUACUUAUGUGGUCCAACUUGGCCUGUUCCUGAUAUCACUGCUUGUUUGGAAGACGUUAUUGCUAAUGGUGCCAAACUUGAAGGUAAAGAAAUCAAGGAUGUCGCUAAGGUUGUGGAAGACAUGAAAGAGGAUGGUCGUUACAUCUUAGAAGUUUAUUAG